ACCUCGUCAAUUCGCGGUCAGAACUCCACGCUGACACACGGAAAUGGAUUUCACCCAGAAGAGGAUCUAUCAGAUACUCUCGUCCAUCCUCGAGCCUCUCGAACACGUUUUGGCCAACGGAGAUCGCGCCCCUGCUGACGAGGACAGUGAUUAACGGAAUUUUGUUUUUGCUAAAGAAAUUUCGUAUCCCUUUUGAAAAUGGGAACGCGGAUCAACUUUAAAUUCAAAUAAUUCAAUCGUCGACUCUUCGAAUCGAAAACUUUAUCGCGCUUUUUGUUUUCGUUAUCUCGUCUUGUCAAUCGAAUUUCAUUAUUCUCAUUGAAAUUUAACAUCGGAGUUUGGAAAAUAUAAAUUUGAAAAAAUGAGAAAAGCGCGGUGCUGCCGAUCCAAGUCGGACACCGAUUUUCACUCGACGAAAUUCAACGUCAUUGGCAAUUUGAUCGAACAGAAAAAUUCUCUCAUGCGAGAAUCCAAAAGCUUUUUUCUGCGUCCUGAAAAUGAUGAGGACUCGAAGGAAAAGGACGAAAAUUGUAACGACGACUCGAUCAACUACUGGCCCAAUUGUGACACCUCGAUAUGGAUGAGAUCCUCCGAGAACGAGGUAGUCUUGCCGAUCACAGGAAAAAUCACUGGAUUUAUACCAAAAUGGCUGCGCGGUACGCUCUUGAGAAACGGGCCUGGCAGCCUCAAAGUUGGGGAGUACAGGUUCGACCAUCUAUUCGACAGCUCUGCUCUCUUGCAUCGAUUCGAAAUAUCAGACGGUAGUGUAACGUAUCAGAGACGAUUCGUGCAGACCGACGUGUACAAAAGGAAUCACGAGGCGAAGAGAAUAGUCGUGACCGAGUUCGGCACCAAAGCUGUUCCUGAUCCGUGUCAAAGCAUCUUCCACAGCGUGGCUGCGGUAUUUAAUCCGAUUGAGAAUCUAUCGGAUAAUUCGAUGAUAUCAGUUUAUCCGUUUGGCGACGAGUAUUACACGUUCGCCGAGUCGCCGGUAGUCCAUCGUAUCGAUCCAAAAACCCUCGAAACACUCAACAAGGUCAACUUGAACGAAUAUGUUGGCAUAAUAAAUCACACGUCACAUCCCCACGUAAUGAACGAUGGAACGGUUUACAAUAUGGGAAUGAGCAUAACGUCGAAAGGACCGGCCUACAACAUCGUUCGCUUUUCUCCCAGUCGCUUGGAGAUCGAUGAUUCUGGCGAAGCGAGAGAACUGUCGAUGUUCGAUCAAGCGACGAUCGUCGCCACGGUCCCGUCCCGAUGGAUUUUCAAUCCUUCGUACAUGCACACAUUCGGUAUAACCGAGAAUUAUUUCAUAAUUGUUGAACAACCCUUGGCAGUUGCUCUUGUCAAAAUGCUCGCUUGCCAGUUGAAAAACGAGCCGAUGUGUUCGUGCCUCAAGUGGCACGAGAACGAAAAUACUCUUAUUCACAUUAUUUCAAGAGACACCGGCAAUCUCGAGCGAACAUUCAUCGCCGAAGGCUUCUUUUAUCUUCACAUAAUAAACCAAUUCGAAACACGAGACCGAGAUUACGUGGUCCUGGACAUAUGUUGUUACAGGGAUGCGAAAAUGCUCGAUUGCAUGUACGUCGACGUGAUGAAGAAUAUGCACAAGAAUCCGGACUAUUCGAAACUCUUUCGAGGUCGACCACUGCGCUUCGUCUUGCCAAUGAAGCAACCGACGUCUGACAUUCCGACCGAGCACAAUCUCGUCAGGGCUCGGACGGUUAACCAGAGUCUUGAAAUAUUCGAGAAUCUCGAGAAUCGAGACGAUUUUGAGAGAGCCGAUAGUCCUGCCGAUCGUCACACGACAAUCACGAAAAGUAGUGAAAAUUUCGAAGCUACGGACAAAGAGAACGUCCUCGCUCGACGGGCGACCGCCCACCGACUCCCCGACGGCAACGUCUUCGUCAAACCGGAACUCCUCUGCGAUCUCGGCUGCGAAACGCCCCGGUUGAAUUACGAUUCUUAUCUAGGACGGGAAUAUCGCUACUUUUACGCCAUUUCGAGCGACGUUGACAUCGAAAAUCCUGGAACUUUGAUCAAAGUCGAUACCGUUACGAAAACGAGAAAAAUAUGGCACGAGAAAGGGCUUUACCCGAGCGAACCGAUCUUCGUACCGGAUCCAAACGGAAAAAACGAGGACGAAGGCGUUGUUUUGAGCGCUGCAGUCUGGGGCCAAGAACGCGAAACGGAAGUUGCUCUUCUCAUCCUCGAUGCAGUCAGCAUGAAAGAGAUCGGACGCGCGAGUUUCGUGACCCCUGGCCCCGUACCGAAAUGUCUCCACGGAUGGUUCAGCUUCGACAAUUGAUUUUC